AUGAAACGAUUGGCGACGGACACUUCAUUCCGUCCCGCUAAUCGACGAAAAGAACCGAAACCAGAAGCCGAGGACGAUUCGGACGACUUUAACUUUGCGAAUGUGGGUGUUUUCACUUCACAAUCAUUAUCUAAUCGUCGAUAUUGAACUGCUAUUUCUUCAUGAUGUUUUUUAAAUAUGUUCAGAGUCACGCGGCCAAUUUGUAUGCGCCUAAAAAAGAGGCAGCUGGUGAGAAUGCGAUGGAAAAAAGGAUUCAGGUAAUCAAACAACGCGGUAAUGUGCAAAACUGUUACUUUUCCAGCAUCAAAACUUUGAAAAUUUGAUUGAUCGCGUUCCGAAAGAGGAUCCCGAAGCGGAAGCGAAUCCAUCGAUCGGAUCGGAAAAUUUAGCAAUCAAAUCGGAAACCAUUGAAAGCAGUCUGGACUCAGUCGUGAAAACUGAAGUGCCAGAUGAGGUGAGAUUACUAAUUGGAUAGUUCGAACCAAUUAAUUUCCAGGAUAUCGCACCAGCCUCUGAACCCAUCGAAUUUCGCAAGAAUUCCGAGCCCCAUCAACAUUUUUUCGGGGAGGAGAAGCCAAAAGAGGAGCCUACGAAUGUUAGUAUUUUCGGGUUUUCCAAUUGGCCUCCAGAGCUGUCUCCAGAGCUGACAAUAUGGGCGUGGCCUCGGCGGCCAAAUGGCGUUUUGAUGAAUUGAGCAGGUUUUCUCUGAUUUUUGUGGCCAAAUGCGAUGAAAAAUGAUUGUUCGACAGGAAAACACACUAAUUCUCAGAAAUAAUGACGUUUUGGCGCAUUUUUCGCGGACUUUGCUUUUUCGCCUUCGCCGCCGAUCGCCGCCUAAAAACCGCACUUCUCAUUUUGCGCUUUCUUGACCGUUUUCAGACAGAAUUGGUUUUGAGAAUGAUAAAUCACGUAAAUACAAGCAUUUUGAGCGCUCGAACCGCGAAAACUACCGAAAAGCAACUGAAAUUCACGCAGUUUUAGCCAAAAACCUUCAAACGGAUAAAUGUGGAUUGCGACUUGUUCAAAUUUAACGCUCUUGCGCUUAAAAAAUUCGUAAUGGCCUAUAUAAUCGGUCUAUCGAGAGACAAAUGAGAAAUUAUCGGUUUUUCGUGGCUAAUCUGCCAAAAAACACAAUUUUUGCUGUUAAAAUUUGAAUUUCGCGCCAAUCGAUCGCUCAAUUGGGCGGGGCGCACUCUUUUUUCAGGCCGAAAUGCAUAACAAUAUUCAGAUGGAAUCCGAUUUUGGCCUGACCGAAUACGUGAGCAAAUCGCCGCCCACUCCGAUUUCAUGCAAUUUCCAAGUGCUUUACAGCGAUUUCAUCGUUCGCGAGAUUCUUGGUAACAACAAACAACAGUCAUACUUUUACAUGGCCAAUUUUCUUCCAGCCGACGGGACCGUUCUCAAAAUGCCCGACACAAAUCCGAAAGAGGGCCUCAAAAUCGACUACGACAUUCCGAAGCCCGAGCACAUUUCGCAGGAGACUCUCCAGGAAAUCGAUAAAUUGUUCGAAACAGGCGAGCGGGAAGUGUGUGUGGCGGUGCCCGGAUUGAACGAAAAAGAACAGAAGCAAAUCCACCGGUUUAUCUGGGAACGGUACUCGCGAAAGUUGGUGACGAAGCGGGAGAAGGGCGUGAUUGUGGUGCACGAUCAGGAGAAGUACAACAGUCGGGAACGUCCGUUCUGGGACACGGACACCACGCCCAAGUACUGCCAUUUCACCGUGUGCAAGCAGUUCGCCGCGACACAAGACGUCGUGCAGAGACUUGUCGAACUUGUCAAGUGGGUAAUCGAUAGACAAUCAAUUUUGGUGAUGCUGGCGUUAAAAACAAGACAGAUAGACCAUUAUCUACCUAAUGACAAUGAAAAUCGAUUAAAAAUGCGGAAAAUUGCGGCCCGUAUUUUUCAAUAUUCAAAUUUUUCAGAUACACCAAUCCGGCCGACGUCCGCUACCACGAGACGAAGGAGAAAAACGCGAUAGCAUUCCAACGGUUCAGUGUUCCGUACGUGUGCGGCAGUGCGGUGAUGAAACUUAACUUGAAGCUGAUCAACGUGAGAGUGGGCGAUGCGGAGUACCAUCCGGAACCGGUCGGAUCAUUCUGGGGCAAUCGGUUCAGUCUGAUACUCAGAAACAUUCCGAGAGACUCGAUCGGAGUGUUGAACGAGCGAUUGGCGAAGCUGAAGACCAAUGGGUUCAUCAAUUAUGUCGGUUAGUUGUAUUUUCUUAAUUCCCUUUACUGCGGAAAACCUGAAAUAACUGUAUCCUUCAUUUUUAGCAACUCAAAGAUUUGGAACUCGAUUCAUGGAAGAGGCGGAGAUCGGAUUGACGAUUUUGAAGGAAGACUGGCAGACUGCGGUCAAACUGAUUCUCAAGAACACGCUACGGGAUAUACACAGGACCACGGAAGAUUCACUCAAAGAAGCGAUUACCCGAUUUCUGGAAACCGGAGAAGUAGCGAGCAGGUGGAUGAAGGAUAUCAAGAAGGGAUACGUCCAAUACGACGCCUACCAUAUCAUCAGACGUCUGGCAAACAGGCAAUCGUGCGAAGUCGCCAUCCUGAAGGGACUUUGCAUCGAGAAGCGCAGCAGAUACGUCCAGGCCUAUCAGAGUCUGUUGUGGAAUCGGAUGGUAUCGGAGAAAGUGAGGGAAAACGGAGAGGGCGAGGAUAUCUGCAUUCCGAUGCCCGGCAGUCAAGAUCCGACAUUUGCGAAUAAAUGGGCGGACGGAAAGAUCAAGGAGCUUCUGGAGAAAGACAGACUCACGCAGGACAGCUUCAGUUCACUCGGAAAGUGAGUGACCCGCCCUAGUUGCUUGCAUUUUUCAAAUUUUCUAGAAUUCGACCCAAACCGUAAAAAAUCGAUAAGACAAUCGUUCCAGCAAAGUCAGCCUGGCCCCGUCGCCCCGUCGUCUUUUCAUGAACGUCAAGGAGCUCGAGUGGUCGAUCCUCGAGUACUCAACCCCAAAAGAUCAACUGCAGGACGACCUUUCGAUGCGUGCCUUCGAACGAAGCGGCCACCUGCGUGCCCUGCAGAUCCACUUCAGUUUGCCCGCCGGGUCCGAUCCGAUUGUGGUCCUUCGCGAAGUGACCGGAACGGAUGUGACGCUCGCGAAUCGGAUGAAAACGAGAAGAGAGGAGGAGAAGCGAGCGAUCAGGAAAACGAAAUUGGUCAGGCGGGAAGAGAGGGAGGAGAAGAAGAAGAAGAAUGCACGCGAGAAAUUGCAAGCGGGGAAGAAUAUGAAGUUUAAGUGAUCUAUCGUGUCCCUACGCUUAAAAAAACCCCCCAAAAAAAUUUCUAAUUUUUUUGUUUAUCUCAACUUUACAUACUUUUUAUUUUACGCACCCCCCCGCCCCCCCUUUCCAAAUUCUUUGGCCUUAUCUCUGCAACAUGUGACACAAACAUUACACAACGUGGAUGGAAAACGAGUCAUUCACUGCAAAAUGUUCAGCUCGUUCUCACUAAUUCUUCUCUUUCUUCCCCUCUCAUUCGGAACUGAUAGUCUGGAUUUGGCUUCAACGAGCGUCACGAGAUGGGGCGAUUGGCACGAAUUCGCAAAGUGUCCCGAUGGACAGUACGCGCACGGAAUGCAGAUAAAAUAUUCGUAUUUUCAACAUAAAGGCGAUGAUACCGCACUGAAUGCGGUCAAAUUGUAUUGUCAGGAACUGGAUUACGGUGAGUCUGGAGAACUUGAAUGUGUAGUGUAGAGGUUUUAGAUGGAAAUUGACUGCUUUUUUGAACAAUCAUUAGUACAAAAUGUGGAAGAAAUUCAAAGAGUAUGAAGACUUGCAGUUUUUCAGACGGCUACCGCAAAGACAACUGGAUAAUGAGUGGAGAGGGAGCGUAUGGAUUCUGGCAAUCGGUGCGCUACUGUCCCGCCGGCACCGCCAUCAUCGGUUUCGUGCUCCGGUCCCAGAUUGAGCAACGACGAGAAGAUGACAUGGCCGCCGUCAACUUUCGCGCCUACUGUGGAACGCCUCACGGACCUCGCACGGCCGACGUCAGGAUUGAAGGUCGGUGUGACAAACAAUUGUAACAAGAAUAUUAUAGGGGGCACCGCACAGAAAUGGCGCUCUGUUGAGAAACUCGUUUUGCAGUGCAAAUUGAGAGACCUCGGGGCCGAGUUUGAAGAGUUAGUCCACAUUUUCAGUGGAAAAUUACUUCGCGGCCUAGAAAUUCGGCCAGAUUGCGAACAGCGCGCCCUUUCUGUCCGGUGUCCCUAUAAUACGAAUUGUUGUAUUGUGAUAGGCGACACGGAAUCAUGGGGAAACUGGAAAGCCGAUCAGUUUUGCCCGCAAGGAUACGUGGUUUGCGCGAUCAAGAGUCAAAUUGAGAAGCCGCAAGGGGGCCGCGACGACACCGCACUGAAUAAUGUGAACCUGAAGUGCUGCCGAGUGCCGAUCGCCAACUGCACACUCGGACAUUCGUUGGUCCAACUGGCAGAGUACGAUAACAGAGGUGGUGGGUGACGUUUUUGGUUUUUGUUACACGAAACUGUGUGUCUGCUUGUUUUGAGUGUUCCUGAUUUGAGCAUUUCACUAUUAUACCAUAUAACUUCAGGAGUCGGAACCGUGACUGCUUCGUUCGUCAAACACAUUUCCUAUACGCGAACGACUGGAUCCACGAGUACGUUCACCAACCAGGAGAGGCAGGCCAUUUCAAAACGUGAUUCAUUGUUUCAAAAUCAAUUCUAAACACGUUUUCCCUCUCUCUCUAGAAUUCUCGCAAAGCGUCGGCUUCAGUAUAGGCGGGGCACUUUUCGGAAUCAAUCUCGGAUUCACGAGCAGUGUGAACACGGAUCUCUCGAAGACGAACGAGAAGAUUACGACGAAGGAAUUGCAGUCGAUGGUGCAGGACGCGAUGACCAACGAACGGGCGGUAUGCUCACUCCGAUUUUGUUGUUAUCACUCUGGAAUUUCGUUAUUAAUCUAACGGCGGCCUAAUAAGAUUGAUAUAACACCUAAAAAGAUUAAUAAAUUGUCUAGCUAGAUUAAUAAAUCUUCUAGCUAGAUUAAUAAAUCUUCUAGCUAGAUUAAUAAAUCUUCUAGCUAGAUUAAUAAAUCUUCUAGCUAGAUUAAUAAGUGCUCAAAUCAAGUUUCACGCCAACCGUCCGUCUGCUGGCUCAAAUCUCGAUUGCGCCAAGAAAAAACAGUCGAAUCUAAUUAGGUCGCGUUUAGAUCAGUAACUUUCUUAUUAGAUUAAUAUCGAAUUGCCAGAGUAUACACUUUGAAUGGUUCAGGUCACCGUCCAGUUCACCGUCCCACCCCAAUCUCGUCUCAUCAUCGAACAACUCUUCAUCACUUGUGGACAAUAUCGAUUGGGACUGGCGAAGACUAUCACGAGAAGUGAAUAA